AUGGAUUAUGUUCUAGUUCCUAAGUUGGCUGACUCUACCCAGAUGAACAAUGCAGUGCCCACCUCCCCUUUGCUGCAGCAGAUGGGCCAUCCGCAUUCGUACCCCAGCCUGGGCCAGAUCUCCAACCCCUAUGAACAGCAGCCUCCUGGCAAAGAGCUCAACAAGUAUGCCUCCUUGAAGGCCGUCGGAAGUUCUGAUGGUGACUGGGCAGUGGCGACACUUAAGUCACCAAAAGCCGACAAGGCCAAUGACGACUUCUACUCCAAGCGCCGGCACCUGGCCGAGCUGGCGGCCAAGGGGAACCUCCCUCUGCACCCCGUGAGAGUGGAGGAUGAGUCGCGGUCCUUCAGUCCCGAGCACGGCCCCGCCAAGCAGAACGGACAAAAGUCUCGCACCAACAAGACAUCCUCACACCCCCUGGCCUACAACUCCAACACCAACUUCAAGGGCUGGGACCCCAGCGAGCAUUCUCUCCGGCGGCAGGCUUACGGCAGCAAGGGCAAGCUGGGCACUGCCGAGUCCGGCUCCAGCGACCCCCUGGGAACUCGCCCCCAGCACUACCCACCCCCACAGCCCUACUUCAUCACCAACAGCAAAACAGAAGUGACUGUCUGAGCUGGCGCCACACGGAGCGUCCUGGAGACCACACUCAACUGAGAGGCAAAAAAAUCUUCCAGCCCACACUCUCCCUGGCCUCGCCCCACACAGCCACCCACCACUCACUCUCCACACCCACCGACCAGAAACCCACUGGUGACACGGAAUCACGCUUGUCCUGGGUCAUGCCUAACACGUGUUGGCGGGCAACUGAGCAGAAAUGAAGCAUGGACGCCCAGCAGUACCGCAAAUGGGGAAACUGAGGCACACUCUUUCGGCCUCAGGCCCAAGGUUGCCGACUCACAUGCCCAAAGCGUGGGGCUAAUUGUUCUUUUCCUCCUAACUUGAAACUAAAAUCCAUGAUGAGAAAUAACAGUAGCACAAUAUAGAGAAAUUGUCCAUUUGAGCACAUACACUAUUUGCCACGAGCUGUCCAUUUCUGGGUGAACGAGCCAGGGCGGAGGGCGGGGAGAAAAUGUGGGGACACCAGAGAUGGGUGUACUUGAAAAGAGGAGUCGUUUGGGAGGAAAUCUGCACUUUAGUAGCGUUUUCUAAUCCUAAGAAGUGGUGGUGUGGACACACCAUUUUGACGAACGUGAGACAGUAGCUGGACCCGAACCAUUCUAUUUCUAGUCCUUUUCAUAUGAUCCAUGUCCGAAGCAAAACAAACAAACAAACAAACAAACAACCUUCAAACUCACAAAACGUAAAUGAUCCUGAACCCACUCACAGUGAUGGGGAAGAGAGAGCAUUUUAGGACUCCCAUUAAGACCAUGACUAUGGACAUGGGAGGGAUGGGCUUUGCUGGCAGGGAGAGGGUCCAGAGGAUAUUAAAUAACUUUUCUUUAUAAAAAGAAAAAUGAAAUGUGAGUCCACUACAAAACAGACAAGAUCAGCAAACUCAUUUUCAUCCCAAAUCUUCAAGACUUAGGAAAUCAACGGCAACAUCGAGAACAAUUAAAAGAAAUAUCACAGCUGAAAGGUCAACGAGAGGCGAGAAGGGGACCCAGGGGCCCGGUUUCUGGCAUGUCCCCCUGGCCUCUGAGACCAGACAGACACACUAACCAGUCCUCCACUCACCGCCAGUCUGCGGCUCCCUUCCCUUCAGCCCAUUGCUGCCGCCGCCGCCACCAAAUUCCAACUGCUUUGGACUGAAAAUGUCAUACGCGUGGGUGGUGCCUUCAGUGUGUUACUGUGUAGUGACCGUCUCAUCUCCCAAGUGCAACCUGUGUUCUUUUAGCCUCCCUCCCUCCUGUGUUUCUGCAGUGAUAGAAGAUGUGUCCAUCCUCCCUUUGUUGGCGAGCCCACCCCACCAUCCCCUCUGGGGGCGCUGAGCAGUGUCAGGGGGACCUACAGACCAACACCUCCCUAUCUCCCACACUGUCCAAAAUCCAUGCUCUACCACUUUCUAGCUCCCAGACCUAGCAAGCAUUUCCAGUCCCAUAAUUCCCAGGGACCCCCACACCGCCACUCUAGACACUUAAGUGCGUUCAUCUCCCAUCCAGAAUUCCCUGAGGUGGUUUUCAGGUUGGUUCUCACAGCCAAUGUCCCAACAGAGGCAGUUUUCGUGCAAGUUCUAUUUGUUUUAUGGAAGCCCAAAGAGGGUUGUUGAGAGAGAAGAGAUAAGUAUUUAAGGUGAGACGUUCUCAACCAGUCCCUAAAGGUCUAGGUCUUAGCUAAUUGACAGGGAUCUUUGAGAGCCCCCAGCUGUUCCUGUGUCAGAAGCUGUACAUGGUCCCAACAGGUCUCAGAGCACUUCCUGGGAUGCUGAAAUCCAGCGCUCUGCCUCACCCAUCUCUCCCUCUGAUGUCAUGGGAUCAGGCAGACCAGGUGGUCCUUCUCCUGUUCACUCCCAGCUGACCUGCGGACAUUGACAAUGCAUUUUAUCUAUCUGGGUUUUAGUCUCUGGCCUGAAACAUGAGGAACUGAGGCCUGAUCAAGCUUUUUGAAAUAGCAAAACCUCUGCCAUUUUUUUAAAAAGGAAACUGCACAGAAGCCACCAUAUAAGAUUCCCCUGUCAUAGCGAGGCUCUGUGCUGGACGAAGCAGGCAUGAGAGAUUCAGUGCCCACUGUCUCAGCCUCUUUGCUGGGACCCCAGUGCUCCCCAGAGUGGAGGAAACACCACUGGGCUUGGUUUCCUUGACUUCGUUACCUGUGGACCUGCAACACACUUUUGGUAUCUGUCUCACCUUCACAGUAUUUGUAUCUAAAUUGAUUCACUUUUAAUAUGGUUAACUUUUAAAAGAAAAACUUCCUGCCAUCAUCACAAAUAGAAAACCAGAAUCAGUCACCCUAAAUAGAAAGUAAGUAUAAAAAUCAGUACAAA